AUGAAUUCCCAAAAACUAAAGGACAGGAGCAAAGAUGAGGCGUUGAAAGACACGUACAUCUUAGUAGCUGAGAUUCUUUUUGACGUGAACUCCGUGUGCGGCUCCACCACCGAGAGCCAGCUGGUGAAGACCCUCUUCACCGGCUACAACAAGGUGGUGCGGCCCGUCAAUGACUUCAAGGACCCAGUGGUGGUCACCGUGGGGCUCCAGCUGAUCCAGCUCAUAAGCGUGGACGAGGUCAACCAGAUCGUGAGCAGCAACGUGCGGCUGAAGCAGCAAUGGAAAGACGUGAACCUGCAGUGGAACCCUGCGGAUUACGGCGGCAUCAAAAAGAUCCGAGUUCCCUCCACUGACAUUUGGCGGCCCGACCUGGUCCUCUACAACAAUGCUGACGGAGACUUCGCCAUCGUUCACGAGACCAAGGUCCUGCUGGAGCACACCGGCAUGAUCACCUGGAACCCACCAGCCAUCUUCAAGAGCUACUGCGAGAUCACCGUGCUGCACUUCCCCUUCGACCUCCAGAACUGCAGCAUGAAGCUGGGCACCUGGACCUACGACGGAAAGCUGGUCGUCGUGAAUCCUGACAGCGACCGCCCGGAUCUCAGCCACUUCAUGGAGAGCGGCGAGUGGGUGAUGAAGGACUUCCGGAGCUGGAAGCACUGGGUCUACUACGCCUGCUGCCCGGACACGCCCUACCUGGACAUCACCUACCACUUCCUCAUGCUGCGGCUGCCGCUCUACUUCAUCGUCAACGUCAUCAUCCCCUGCAUGCUCUUCUCCUUCCUCACCGGCCUGGUCUUCUACCUCCCCACCGACUCUGGUGAGAAGAUGACCCUCAGCAUCUCCGUCCUGCUCUCCCUGACCGUCUUCCUGCUGGUCAUCGUGGAGCUCAUCCCCUCCACCUCCAGCGCCGUUCCCCUCAUCGGGAAGUACAUGCUCUUCACCAUGGUCUUCGUCAUCGCCUCCAUCAUCAUCACCGUCAUCGUCAUCAACACCCACCAUCGCUCCCCGAGCACUCACACCAUGCCCGAGUGGGUCCGCAAGGUCUUCAUCGAAACCAUUCCAAACAUCAUGUUCUUCUCGACCAUGAAGCGGCCCAGCAAGGAGAAGCAGACCAAGACCAUCUACAGCGCCGACUUUGACAUCUCCGACAUCUCCGGCAACAAGGUCACGGCCGUCCCCUACCAGUCGCCCAUCCUCAAAAACCCCGACGUCCACAGCGCCAUCGAAGGAGUCAAGUACAUCGCCGAGACCAUGAAGUCGGAUGAGGAGUCCAACAACGCUGCCGAGGAGUGGAAGUUUGUCGCCAUGGUGCUGGACCACAUCCUGCUGUGCGUCUUCAUGGCCGUGUGUCUCAUCGGGACCUUGGGGGUGUUUGCAGGGCGCCUCAUUGAGCUGAGCAUGCUGUGA